AUGUCUGACCCUCAAGAAUCUGCAUUCACUUUCCUCCCCCUCGGAGGUAUCAUCCAGGAAUUCCGCGUGGCCGGCCACAACAUCGUCCAAGGCUUCCCCACGCAGCAACAGUACGUCGAGGUCAAAAAUCCGUACUUUGGCGCGACCAUCGGCCGUACGUGCAACAGGACGAAAGACGGGCUCCUCAAGGACCUGAACGGGAAGACGUACAGUCUCGCGAAGAACAAUGGACCGAAUUCGUUGCACGGCGGUGAGGUUGGAUGGGACAAGAAGAUCUUCGAAGGCCCCCAGGCUGUGAACCACAAUGGCAAGGAGGCACUGCUCUUCAAGUACCUCAGCAAGGAUGGCGAGGAGGGAUACCCUGGCACGGUGGAAUUGAGGGUGUGGUAUAUGGCCAGCAAGGAGGACGUCGAUACGCCGACCCCGAAGACCGUUCUCGUGGUCGAGUAUGAGGUCGAGUUUGUCGGUGACGAAUGCGAGGAGACUGCUGUCAGCGUUACCAACCACAGUUACUUCAACAUCUCAGGUGGCCCAACCAUUGCUGGCACCCGGGCCCAGUUGUUCACGGACAAGUAUCUCCCAGUCGACUCCACCCUUAUCCCCACGGGGAAGAUCGAGAAGUACGAUGCUGUCAAUGUCACGGAGCCCUUCGAUCUGCAGGCAACGGAGCCAGCCAUUGACAACUGUUUCGUGAUGGACACUGAUCCAUCCAAUGUUCCCCUCGACACCCGCGGACGUCCGCUGAGACGUCUAGCCCAGUUCAGCCACCCGGCUACGGGACUGCGCCUUGAGGUAGAGAGCACGGAGCCCGCGUUCCAGUUCUACACUGGCAGCGGUGUCGAUGUCGCCGCGUCCGAGGGAGUUCCCGCCCGCGGUCCGGGGGCGGGAUUCUGCGUCGAGCCUAGCCGCUUCAUUGACGCGGUCAACCGCCCAGAGUGGAAGCCAAUGGUGGCUCUCAAGAAGGGACAGAUCUGGGGAGCUAAGAACUUGUACCGGGCCUGGAAGCAGUAA